AUGCACGCCACUCAAGCUAUUCUGGCCACUUUCCUGGCUGCAUCUGCUGCCUUCGCUGCUCCAUUCACCCCUACUCCUACCGCUAGCGCCACUUCCACUUCCGCUUCUGUUUCCACAGCAUCCUCCAACUCUGACUGGACCAUCCAGGGCCUUGUCCGGGAAUGCACCGACGAUGACAGCUCUUGUACAUGGACUUUCGGUAUCUUUGACGGUGCCGAAACUACUGAGUGUACCUACAUCGUGAAUGGUCCUGAUGUCAGUGGAGGCCCUACUCAGUGUGGCGACUUCACAAUUACCAGCAACUACGUUAUUGGAACCCCUCCAUGGACGCAAAUAUCUGUUGUGCGAGAUGGGUUGAUCAUUUACCCUGCCUACGACGACAAUGUCCUCGCCAAUCCCCCAGUUGCCGACUUCACUCAGGCUCCCCAGCCUGUUUGGACUCCUUAG